AUGACGGAUUACGACUUCAUCAUCAUAGGAGCAGGACUCACUGGUGUUGACGCUGCGUAUCGAUUGCAAAACGAGUUGCCGGAUUGCUCGUACACGAUAUUAGAAGCGCGAGAUGAGGUGGGCGGUACUUGGUCAUUCUUCAAAUUCCCGGGUGUGCGAUCGGACUCUGAACUCACCUUGUUUGGACUAUCAUGGCGGCCAUGGAUCCACGAAAAAGAUAUGGCCGAAGGACAUCUUAUUCGGCAAUACAUUGAAGAUGCCGCGCGGGAUGAAGGCAUUGAUAAGAAGAUUCAGUUCAAGACUCGGGUUACCGCGGUUGACUGGUCUUCCGAAGACCAAUUCUGGACGGUAUCAGUCCUCGCGGAUGGUGUCGCCAAGAAAUAUAGAACGAAGGCCUUAGUGAGCUGCACAGGAUAUUACGAUUAUGCCAAACCGCUCCAGGCUGAAAUACCAGGUAUUGAAAAUUUCCAAGGCACGGUCGCGCAUCCACAAUUCUGGCCGGAAGAUCUUGAUUACGCCAACAAAAAAGUUAUCAUAAUCGGAUCUGGUGCUACCGCCAUUACAAUGGUGCCUGCGGUAGCUAAGACGGCAAGCCAUGUGACGAUGCUUCAGCGUAGUCCCUCCUACGUUAUGAGUCUUCCAGCGUCGAAUCCGAUUGCCAAAUGGCUAAGGAAGCAUUUCCCGACGCGCGUCGCUAACCCAACAAACUGGUGGUUGGCUCUCAUUCAAGAGUUUCUUUUCACCUAUUUCUGUGUGAAAUGCCCAAAUGUAGCGAGGAAGAUUAUCAUGCAUGAGAUGAAGAAAGAAAUACCGGAAGGCAUCGAUGCUGAUGUCCAUUUCAAUCCUACUUAUCCGCCAAUGGAUCAACGAAUAGGUUUAUGUCCAGAUGGUGAUUUUUUCCAAGCCUUGCGACAAGAUAAUUGCGAUAUCGUCACCGAUCAUAUCGAAACGGUCACUGAGGAUGGUGUCGUGACUAAAUCAGGGAAGAAAAUCGAGGCGGAUAUCAUUGUAACAGCUACUGGCCUUCACGUUCAUCUUCUCGGAGGUCUUUUCCCCACAGUCGACGGCCAGUCCAUCGAUAUCGGACAGACAUUCGCAUGGAGAGGGGCGAUGCUCUCCGGUAUACCGAAUUGUUUCUUUUCGAUCGGAUAUACGGUAACCGCCUGGACUCAUGGGGCUGCUGCCAAUAUGAAGCUAGCCAUCAAAAUUUGGAAGCAUAUGAAAAAGAUCGGCGCCAUAUCGGUGGUGCCGGUUCAUCCGAAUGGGGAUCUUUCCUCGUCUAAGCCGGCGGUUGGGCAUAGCUCGACCUAUUUCGUAGCAGCGCAGAGUAGGCUGCCUAGGAUUACAGAUAAGUCGCCUUGGUACGGACGUAGGAAUACGGUAUAUGAUCACGCAAAGCUUUGGUUUGGUAGCGUUACAAAAGGGAUGGAAUAUACGUAUCCAUCGAAGAAGAUUGAAUGA